AUGAAAUUAUUAUCAUUAUUAUUAGGGCAAUAUAACGAUAACCAAGAGUUCAACCUGUAUCGCGCCGAAAAUAGCUCAACGUUACUUUUCAAAUUUGCUGACUUGUGCUUUUUAUUCGGCUUGGCUGCAGAUCUGUUAGACACAUCACAAGAUGCUACUAUUUAUUUAGACAAGCGAACUUCUGAUAUUUACGUGACCACAAAUGAUCUAGUUACGUUAGCUGUAAAGCACAACAAGUUUCUGCUGGCCGAACUUUGCAAAUUAAAAAUAAGCGAUUAUGCUACUCAUCUGGAUGAAUCAAUACUAAGCAAUCUACCGCGUUUGAAAUAUUACAGCCCUAAAAAGGAUGAAGGGCAAUUUAAAGCCUCACAUAUUGAGGUAUAUAAUGCGAAAACAAAAGUUAAAUCUGAGCCCAUAUCACCUCGACCUCCUAUGAUCUUAAACGCAUCCGAUCCAAUGGCAUUGAAUAAUAUUAUGAGUGGUUCUGGCAGCCAACAACUGCAGCAAAACCAGCAGCAACUGCCAGUUAAUCGUAGAUUAAGCAGAACGUUUGAGGAAGAUCAGCAAACAAAUAAAAGACAAAAAAAAGGACACGAAGAAUUCUCGCCUAUAUUACCCAAACCACUUCAUACAGUGAGCUCUCAGAAAAUGCCAACAUUAUUGGCCAAACGAUUAGGCACCAAUAAUAACACCUCUAGCAGCCAUAACAAAAACACGAGGAAUUUAACCAUCUAUGCUCCUUCUUAUGGUGAACAAUUCCAGAAUAGCAGUAUCAAAUCAGCCCCUCUGAAUCAAUCUUAUUUUCGUCAACAGGUACAUAACAGAUAUUACCAGCAACAGUCGCACCACCACCAGCCACAUCCUUUAUCUCAAGCGACACUUAUAUCGCCUGCUACAAGCACCACUACAAACACGCCUACUACCGCCAACACAACUACUAUGACUACCAAUCCUGUAACUGACUUUGCAGUUCCACCUAUUGUCCCCUCACAACAUCAGCCUCCUCAUACGGCGCACCCUGGAAGCAUCCAUCACCCCCAUCAUCCUUUCCCGCCACAAUCACCUCAAUAUUCGUCUUCAGCUUUUAUCCACGGCCAUGGGUAUCCUCACCACUAUCAUCCUCUUCAUCCUCCACCUACGGCUCCUUUACCGCCUCCGUCGUUCACUUCAAACAGCAACAACACACCUGCCUCCAAUAAUAAAUUACAAAAACAGCAAUUCAUGCAACCUUUCGAACACUUAUUCGAUACUAUUGAAUCAACACGUACCUUAAAAUCUACGUUAGAUGAUCAAAUUCGUCGAUCUUCAACUCUUAUACAAACAUUACAAGCGUCCUCUUCGACAAUUGAAGGCUUAAUAAAGAAUCAAAUCAAAGAGGUGCAAAAAGAAGUUGUGCAUAGAAUGGAGACAUCUGUUGACAAAUUGUUUCGAAGAAUUAAUGCGUUGGAAAAGAGAAUGCAAACCGGCAUAUACGACACUAUGGAGACAGAAAAUGGAAAUAGUAUGGAAGUAGUAGAAGAAGAAGCUAAAAAUACGGAAGGCUCUGUUACUGUAGAAGAUAAUAAGAAAACAAUAUCAGAAUCAUCUCCAUCAAAUUUUAAGCAGCAGCAAGCACAAAUUCGCGACUUGGUUAAUCCACCUACCAUUGUUAAAUCACAAAACGAUAUCGGUCCGAAUGAAUAUCGACACAUGUUAGAUAUUUUACGUGAAAGAUUAGAUAAGCUAGAAAGACAGCUUGGAUCGUAA